CACUCUCUUUAUACCCCCCCAAUCCUUCCCCCCCCCCUCUCUCCUUGAGCCUGGGUCCUUUUUUCUUUCUCCUUCGAAAUCUGUCCAUAUACUCCUACCCUCAGAUCCGGCCCCGAGCAACGAAUUCAUCUUCACUCGUUAUUCUCAAUCAUCUGGCGCCAGCCAUGUACGUCCGCCUUUGCGCCCUGGCUUUCGCAGCCAGUUUGCUCUCGACGCCCACUCUCGCCAUAUCCGCCGACCAGAUACCCUCCGAUACCCCAGUUUCUUCCCUCCUGACCACCGCCCAAGCUCACCUUUCAAAGGGCCAGACGUCCGAUGCACUUGUGUACUACGAUGCCGCCGUCGCUCGCGAUCCUUCCAACUACUUGACGCUGUUCAAGCGCGCGACAACCUACCUCUCCCUCGGCCGUACGAACCAGGCGACCGAAGACUUCAACAAGGUUCUGUCACUCAAGCCCGGCUUCGAGGGUGCCCAUGUGCAAUUGGCCAAGAUCAAGUCCAAGAUUGCAGACUGGGAUGGCGCAAGGGAACAGUACAAAUUGGCCAAGAAGGAUCCCGCCUCGGCUGAGCUCGCUGCUCUCGACGAGGCUCAGGGCGCUGCCCACCUCGCUGAGGCAGCCGAAAAGAGCGGCGACUGGGAAGCCUGCGUGGGACAUGCCGGCCAGGCCAUCAUGACCGCCAACCGAGCCAUUUCCCUGCGUGAAAUGAGAUCGCGCUGCCGUUUCCAGCGCGGUGAGGUCGAGGAGGGCAUGAGCGAUCUGCACCACGUAUUGCAGAUGAGGCCGGGAGACACGACGCCGCACAUCAAGAUCGCCGCCAUCACCUUCUACGGACUCGGUGAUCUCCAGAACGGCAUGGCCCAGACGCGGAAGUGCCUGCACUCCGACCCCGAUUCGAAGCCCUGUAGGAAGCUUCUGAAGCAACAAAAGGCCAUUGAAAAGACCCUGAACAGGGUCAACAAAGCUUUCGAGAAGAACCAGCCCAUGACCGGUGUCAAGCUGCUCAUCGACUCUGCCGACGACACCGGAUUGAUCACCGACAUCAAGACCCAAGUCGAGGAACUGCGCGCUGACAGCACGAUCCCCUCUAGCGCUCAGUCAUCGCUUUACAUUCAGGUGGCAGAAAUGGCCUGCCAAGGUUACUACGAUAUGAACGGCAAGAAGGCCAAGCAAUACUGCGAAGAGGCCAUCGCUCUCAACGAGCAAUCGUUCUAUGGCUUGCUAUACCGCGCCAAGGUCAUGAUGGAGGGAGAAGAGUUCGAGGCGGCCAUCAGAUCUUUCGAGGAGGCUAGCAAAAUUCGCCCAGACAAGAACGACGUUGUCCAGCCCCUCAUGCAAAAGGCCCAGAUUGCAUUGAAGCGGAGCAAGACGAAGGACUACUACAAGGUGCUCGGUGUCUCCCACGACGCCGACGAGCGCCAGAUCAAGCAGGCGUACCGCAAGCUCUCCAAGAUCCACCACCCCGACAAGGCCGCCAAGCAGGGACUCACCAAGGAGGCUGCGGAGAAGAAGAUGGCAUCCAUCAAUGAGGCGUACGAGGUCCUCAGCAACCCUGAGCUCCGCGAACGUUUCGACCGCGGCGACGAUCCGAACAACCAGGAGCAGCAAGGCAGCCCGUUCCAGGGUAACCCUUUUGGCGGCGGUCAUCCGUUCAUGUUCCAGCAGGGCGGCGGCGGCGGAGGCCAACAGUUCCAUUUCAAGUUUGGCGGAGGAGGCGGUGGUGGUGGCUUCCCCUUCUAAAGAGGACGGGGCCGUGACGCAUUGGGAAGACUCGGAGAGAGCGUAGCAUGGAAUAAAGGAGUUUUAUAGGUCAAAGCCUGGAGUUUCACGGGGCCUCAUCCAACGGCCAACAUUACAUUUCAUCGUCAUUCGUAGUUUGAGACGGGAAAACGGCUCGAGGCCACGAGGCAAGAGGCCAGUCAAGCGCACACUUCUCCAGAUAUCUGGGGUUGAUCCCAUCGUCCAAGGUAUCAGAAAUAUACACAAUGUGCCAAGACGUGUUUCCAUCU